AUGGGACACCCGUUAGUUGUUCGCCCACCGCCUGCAACUCGUUCACUUCGUCGAUUACCACGACGACAACGAAUAAUUGUACAACACCAACAAGAAAAAGAGAAGAAAAAGGGUCGUUGGCGUUAUUGGGGUAAAGUAACAAAAAUUCUGUCAGCUAUUCUGGUACCAACGAUGAUUGCAGCAUUUACAAUUGUCACAACUAUUCAACAACGGCGCAUAAGUGAAGCAAAUCGUGAAAAAGAUAUUCAAAUUGCGGAUUAUCAACUAAAACAAGCAACACAACUGAAUGAACAAAAUCGUUUAAAAGACAUGGAAAUAGCUAAUAUUAAAGUAACUCUCGAACGACAAAUAGCGGAAGAAAACAGAGAAAAAGAUUUACAAAUAGCGAACAUUACAGGUCACAUAGAUUUCAAAUUAAAAAAACUUAAUAGAAAACGAUUACAUUUUUCUCGUUUUCGAGGUGCUUUGGAAAGACAAAUAGCUGAACAAAAUCGUGAGAAAGAUAUCCAAAUAGCGAACAUUAAAGCGGCACUGGAACGACAAAUUGCUCAUGAUAAUCGUGAAAAGGACAUUCAAAUAGCACAUAUUAAAGCAGCACUAGAACGACAAAUUGCUUAUGAUAAUCGGGAAAAAGAUUUACAAUUAGCUGAUGAUAUUGAAAAAUCAACAAUAUUUAAUUCAUAUUUACAAGAUAUAUCUAAUUUAUUAUUAAAAAAUGGUUUAAUUAUUUAUGAUCUCGGUUCCUUGGUCAUGGCUCGUGCUAAAACAUUAAUGAUUUUAAGACAAAUCGAUUCAAAACGAAAAAGAUAUCUGAUACAGUUUUUAUAUGAAUCAUCAAUUAUUGUUUCAAGCGCACUGGCCGAUUAUCAACAAAUUUUAUCGUCAUCGUAUGCGCCAAAUGAGUGUCAACUGCCGCCAAUUGUUCCAAAUGAAAUGGUUAAUGUAGGUGAAACAAUGAUUAGUAGCAAUCAAACAUUGGAUAUGCACGGUGCAGAUUUAAGUAAUUUAGCAUUUCACUCACAUUCGAAACAAAUGCUAUCGGGUAUUAAAUUAGCCGGUGCCGAUUUUCUCAAUGCUUCAUUCAUUCGUAUCACACUCAAAUGGUCUGAUUUUAGUCGUUCAUCACUUCUAAACGUUUCCUACAUCAAUAGCAAUCUAUCUUAUUCAUUAUUUCGUUCGGCUUCCGUAGUCGAUUCAUUAUUCAAAAACUCGGAUGUCCGUCGUUCAAAAUUUCAU